UUCUUUUUCCAGGCCUACAUUUCCUGCGCGUUGGGCGUGCACCGAGUCGGCUACGUAAUGAUCUGCUUCGGCGUGGUGAACGCUGCUUGCUCCUUGGUCUUUGGAUCUUUAAUGAAAUUCGUCGGUAGACAAUCACUUAUGGUGCUGGGCGCUAUCGUCCAUGUUAGCCUUAUCGUCGUGCUACUCCACUGGAAACCGCAUCCCGAUAAUCCUUACGUUUUUUACACGGUCUCCGGACUGUGGGGUGUGGGCGACGCAGUUUGGCAAACGCAAGUCAACGGUUUAUACGGAACGUUAUUCAGGCGUAACAAAGAAGCCGCGUUCUCCAAUUAUAGACUAUGGGAGAGUGCCGGUUUCGUGAUCGCAUACGCGUAUAGCACCCAUCUGUGCGCCCGUAUGAAGCUGUACGUGCUGUUAACAGUGCUUCUUGUCGGGACCACCGGAUACAUCAUAGUGGAACUGUUGCACAGGCGUAAACAGAAGAGGUUGAAGGCCAUCGCGGAGGAUCCAAAGGCGGCCCAAGCGGAGGCGAACCAAGUCGAGGAGACCGACGAUGAAAAGGACGACAUAGACGACGAUAUUAUUAUCACACACCUCUGAAACAAUAUCACCGUGUGAACUCGCGCACCGACGAGGAAUUUCAGCUUGAUCGACUAUUCUCUUUUAUUCUAUCCUUACUGCUUUUUUUCUGUAACAACGAAGUUAGUUAUCUUUCGCCAGUCAGCACAGACACGCGAGAUCAUAGAUCAUCGAUAAUCAAGUGAUCGAAAGCUGCCUGGAGAUGUGUGAAGGUUGUUGCUCGUACACGGGAAGGCGUAAGGGAUGACAUGUUGUCUUUUAUCUUAUUUUAUUUUUAUUUUUA